GAUAAAGUACUGUUAUCAUCAUAAGCAGCAGUCCCUGCUACCAUUAACGAAGAGUUGCAAGCACUACAACUGUGUUUUACAGGCCACUAUGGUGUUAUAUCGGGUAGAAAUCCAAUCGGGUCAGUCACAGAACCAUUAACAAAGCUGGUGCGUGGUGCAGCUAGAACUAAAGUGGGGUGUGCACGUCAAGUUAAGGGGCAGGAAGCCCUGAAGUCGGAACAGAAAGAGUGGGUGCAGGGUUUCAAGAAUGGCAGAGGGGAUUUCAUUUGACAUUGUCCCAGCAGAGAAAAUUACCAUUCAGGAAUUCCUUGCAUUAGGAGGCUUUGGAUAUGUGUACAAAGGGAAGCAUGAAGAGUGGGGCAUCACCGUGGCUGUAAAAGUACUGCAAGAACCAACUGGGAAACACAACCAACAAGACCUCAUCAAGGAAGCCAAAAUAAUGAAUGAUGUUCGAUUUGAUUACAUUUUACGCCUUUAUGGCAUAUACCAGAAACCAGAAGAACUAGGGUUUCGUCUGGGACUUGUUAUGGAGUAUAUGGAGAAUGGGUCAUUAUUUAGUGUUACAAGGCAUAUUCGCCCUCUUCCUAGGACCCUUCAGUUUCGCAUCCUUUAUGAAGUGGCCCUGGGUAUGAACUAUCUGCAUGGACUGAAGCCACCUGUACUCCACCUGGACCUUAAACCCAGUAAUAUCCUGUUAGAUGAAAGCUUCCAUGUCAAGCUCACCGAUUUUGGGUUGUCUGAAUGGAAGAAGUUUUCAACGAGAACGAAAUCCUCACCUUCAUCAUUAAUUGGGGGGACAUGGCCAUACAUGCCCCCUGAAGCCUUUGGCAAUCUCAACUACAAACCAGAUGAAGCCUAUGACAAUUACAGCUAUGGUAUCUUGAUGUGGUCAGUGCUAACUGGAGAGGAGCCUUACAGUAAUGUCCUGCAAUUUGGAUCAGCGAUUACGUGUCUGGUUCAAGAAGGACAGCGUCCAGAUUUGAGCAUUCUCCCAAAAGAUCUGCCCACUGAAAUGAAUGACUUGAUGCAACAAUGUUGGAGCCAGGACAUAGGCUGCAGACCGCAUUUUAGAGACUGCAUUUGUCAGAUUAGAGAGAUAUUUGACUUUGAAGUCUAUAAGUCGGAAAUUCAACAAGAUGUUCGAAUAGUUCAAGAUGCACUGAGUGGUAAAGAAAGUAGUUUGGAGAGCUCUGACUGUUGCCACCAUAAUAAAGAUCUGCAGCAUUUGGAAAGAGCAGACGACAGUGACCACUGUUCUGGUGCUGCCUCAAGUUCAUCAUGUGUGCAAGAUCUUUCUGAAGAAGAUGAGAACAAGCAGAUUAUAGAGAAAAUGUCCAAUGUUGAGGGUGUGCUGGACCUUUUAGCUGAAAGCAAAGUUAUCAAGGGUGCUGAAUAUGAUGUUCUAAAGCACAGAGUGGUGAGAAGUAAUACAGUGCAAACUACUCUUAACCCUAUGGUAAAGACAGCAGCAAAUAUAGUGGGUGCUUUUUAUGAUUUGUUUAAGAAUAACCCUUUGGAAUAAGUCAGUUUGUAGAAUGGACAACUUGUUGACAGCUACAUAAUUCAGUUUUCUCUUAUCAAGUGGCCCAGUGGUCUGCUGUGUAAAUUGACCGGGUGGUGGUUGAUUGAGUGCUCUCAUGGAUCAGGAGAACAACUCUGUCUAUAUGGAUCAGAUAAUUUCCCUUUUUCCAUAAAAGUGCAAUGAUGUAGUAAAGUACCUUGGGCCAUGUGGAUGCAGUCCCCACAUAAGGUGUUUAGGCAGUAGCAUGUCUUUUGUUGUCUGUUGAUUAUUUAAAUGAUAAAUCACAGCACUGGUGUCUUGAUCUGUCAGGUUGUCAAUGGGCUAAUAUUGUUGACAGCUUAAAUUCGAUCAGUUUGUACUCUGUGAAUUAGCUGUUGAGAAAAUGGGCCAGACCCAGAAUCAUGAUUGUGGACACUGAAUCAGAUGCUGCAGGCAGAAAAGCAAAAUGAUGCAAGUGCAGGGCUGUCAACAUAAACUGUCUGCAAAUUUAACAAAGAGACGAGUUUGGAGUUGCUACCUGUAAUUUCAAAUGCAUUAUACUCUUAUCUCAGUAAAAUAGUUAACAGUUUUAUAGAGUGGUGCACAAGAUGCAUGUUUGACACGACAGUAGUAAAUAGUUGUACUAUGUGAUGUUGAAAUGUUAGCAUACUUGUGCAGUAGCUGUACAGCUGCUGCAGUUUCAAAGAGCAAGAUGUAGGCAGCAUUGUACUGUGAUGCGGAGGAUCAAAGUAGAUGCAAAAGCAUGAUACAGUUUAAAUAUUUUUAGACAACAGUGAUAACUGGUGAUGCUUGAAAAAAAUAAAUAAAU